AUGACUCCCCCCGCCAGCUGGUCCAUUCCCAGCGGGGGGGGUGAUUCGGGGGGAAUUUGCGGAGGGGGGAACGGCGGAGACGUCCAUGGCGGAGAAAAAAUGGGCGGAGACACACUUGGCAGAGAUCAUAGCAGCAGCGGUAUUGGCAGCAGCAGCCGGCGCAACGGGCGGGAGCAUCCGAGCUCCCGCCAUUCUAGGUCAGCCGCGUCAAGCCCCGUAAUGGAUUCCGUUUCCGCGCUAGGGAAGGAGAGCAGCGGACGGCGGGCGUCUUUCGAGGAAGGCGCGGAGUCCUACGUGGCAAAGCCCCGCCACGUGCUCUCCAAAGGUUCGCUUAGCCCACAUCGCCGCGCGUCUGUCGACGCGACGGAUUUCGUCAAUUUCGCCGGCGAAUCAGGAGGGCGAAGGCGGUGCAAUCGCGUGACCGAAGACUUAGAUACAAGCCAAUCCGAUACUCGCUCGGCUGAACUACUACCGCAUCCGCCGUCCUAUGAAAAUCUUGUUGAAAAGGGCGCGCAGUCAGUCGACUCGCGCGAAGCGCCCGUCUCUUUCCGCGAAAUUUCCGCCGCCGUCGGUGACGCCAGCACUUCCGUCACCUUCCACAGCCCUACGGAAUCUUCGGCGGUAUCUCCGGCGCCGUCCCCGGCGAUAUCCCCGGCGCGAUCUCCGGCGCUAUCUCCGGAGGGAUCUUCGGGCACAGCAUCGCCAGUAACCGGCUCUCCGGGUCGGAAGAACAUGUUUAAAUACUCUGCCGUAAAAUUCGCGUCCGACGGCGCGAAGAGGGAGGGUGUAACCCCGUCCGAGGGUAGGGUUACCAGACGCAGCCAACAGGUAGCGGGUGAUCGCGCGGAGAAAUCUAAUACGGACAGAAAGCCAAUAGGCGGCGAAAUUCCCGCGUGGCUUCCCAGCGGGGGGGUGAAGCAGGCGGAGCGGGAUCUCUGGGGCCCGCCGCGCGGGGGAAGCGGAAGCAGGGGCGGAGGGGGAAGCGCGGGGGUUCCUCUCGCCUUCUCCGUCUCCCCGCGCGGCUCCCCGCGCGGCUCGCCUCUGCGGCCCGAGAAGCAGCUUGUGUCUUACGCGUCGCUAGACCCGCCUGGCUCUUUUAGGAGCCGAGGAGGUAAGGACGGUCUAGAUUGGCUGGAGGAGAUUAAGAAGGGAGAGGGAGGAACGGGCGGUGAUGGCGGAGGUGGCGGAGGGAGCAGUAGAGGCGGUGGCGGCGGCAGGGGAGGGGAGAUGCGGGCGGACGGGGGAGAGAUUGGGGGGGAGAGCAGGCGGGUAGCGUUUGCCUCCUCAAGUGGCGGCGCUGGCGGUGGUGGUAGCUUCGGAAGAAUAGGGGGAAGCGGAGGAGGGGAAGGCGGAGGCGGAGGCGGAGGGCUCGGGGGAGCAGGCGCUGGUCCGCGGGGCGCAAGCGCACAUGGCAUGGGCGGCGGCGCUGGCUUCCCUUUCCCUUCGCGCCCCCGUAGCUCCCCCCUAGGAAACAAGCUCAUGUCCUACUCCUCUCUGGACCGCCCCUGUAGGCCCGAGGGGGGGACGGGCGCGGAGGGGGACUCGGGGAACGUGAGCUGGCGCCAGCUGGUGGCGCAACUGAAAGAGGGGGAGGAGCUGAAGGAGGGGAAGGAGGGGGAGGAGGGGAGUGACUGGGAGGAACGAGAAUGCAGGGCCAGUAGGGCCGGUAGUAGCACCGGUGGUAGAAAAAGCUCUGCUGCUCGCGUUGCUGCUGGUGCCGGUGCUGGUGCGACUGCUGCAGGUGGAGGUGGUUCUGUCAGCAGCAGCACUGGCGGCGGCGGUGGCGGCAGUGGCGGUGGUAGUGCGGGUGGUGAGGGUGGCAUGGCAAUAGCAGCGGUCAGUGCUCGCCCGAAGCCCAGGCACAGGCGAGGAGCGUCGUUCCACUCCUUCUGUCCACUUGACUCUGCGAGCGGCAACGAUACGGCCUUUAGCUCUCUGCAGCAGCAGGCUGCUAUCGGGACAGCUCGUAACACGGAUCUCUAUGGCAGUGCUGCUGGUGCCAGUGGCAUCAGUAGGCUAUCUGGUGGUGCUGGUGGUGCUUCUGCUGCUGCUGCAGGUACUGGUUCUGGUUCUGCCUGUCCCAAACCAAGGCACAGGCGAGGAUCCUCCCUCCACGCCUUCCCCCCUCUUGAUACCACAAGCAGCGAAGCUAUUUUCGACUCGAUUCAACGGGCAGCUGAAAAAGAAGCGGAUCGUUCUGGCGACCUUUACGCCCCAGCCAACACUAGGCCGGCCACUGCCGCAGACGUUUCCGGGCAGUUUGACGGGUAUUGGGGCAGCGAAGACACGGACACCGGGUCGUUUAAUGCGAGAGAGGAGUUACCCAAAGGAAGGCUGCAGAGGCCGUAUCUUGGUUCUGCUGAUAUAAGCGAGUUGCUGGGGUCGAGGAUUAGCCGAGUGAAGGAGAGGUCCAAGCCUAGCAGCAGCAGCGGGUUACCGGUGAUGAGGCAGUAUGGCAGCAUCCGCCCGUCGGACUACAUCUUAAAGAAGCCGUACAAGGACCUGGCGGCGCGGUACGUGCUGCACAAGGAGGAGCUGGGCAGCGGCGAGUACGGCGUGAUAAGGAAGUGCUUGGAGAUCUCGUCAGGGCAUGUGCUUGCGUGCAAGACCAUCAAGAAGGCCCGCAUCAAGUCCCAAGAGGCAGCUGACGACAUUAGAAUGGAGGUUGCGAGCAUGCUUGUACUGAAGGGGCACCCCUAUAUAGUCACACUGCACGAUGCAGUCGAAGAUGCCAAGUACGUGCAUUUAGUGAUGGAGUUCUGUCGCGGCGGCGAUCUCUUUGACAGAAUCACCAAGGGCGGAGUGUACUCGGAGCCUCUGGGCGCCCACCUGUGCCGCGCCAUCACAGAGGCGCUGCUGCACUGCCACCGCCACGGGGUGAUUCACCGGGACAUCAAGCCCGAGAACAUUCUGCUGCUGGAGCCCGGGAGUGACACGCGCAUCAAGCUUGUUGACUUCGGUGUUGCAACCUUCUUCCAGGAAGGCGUUUUGCUCCACGACACGAUCGGCACGCCUGAGUACAUGGCACCGGAGGUGUGGGAUGGGGCAUAUGGCCCUGCAGUGGACGUGUGGAGCACGGGAGUCGUCAUGUACAUUGCCAUGUCCGGAGUGCCGCCCUUCUGGGCGGCAUCCAAGCAGUCUGUGCAGGAGGCAGUUGCCACCCGCGAGGCGAGCUUCCGGUCGGCAAAAUGGGCGCAUGUUUCGGAUGAGUGCAAGCAUCUGAUUGGCCGGAUGCUUGCGAAGAAGCCUCAGGAGCGAAUCACGUGCCUUCAGAUUCUUGGGCAUCCAUGGAUACGCAUGCAUUCACUGCCUUAUACUCCAAUUACCACGUCAUCACUGUUCCACUCGCCUCCCGAUUUGAUUGACGAUAAGCUGUACUUGGGAAACCUGAAUUCAGCCUCUGACAAGGAAUUAUUGGAUGGCCUUGGCAUUAAGAGCAUUCUGACAAUAGCGUCCAACGUAGGCCCUCCUAAGUUCCCUGGCGCAUUCAAGUACACUGAGGUGUCAAUCAUAGAUUCGUCUCAUGUGAACAUAGUUGCACACUUCGAGCUGUGCUUCAAAGCCAUUGACGAGGGGAUCAAAUCAGGCGGCAUCCUUGUUCAUUGUGUAGCAGGUAUGUCCAGAAGUGCAACAGUGGUUAUAGCAUACUUGAUGGCGAGGAAAGGGCUCAGCUUUCAAGAAGCCUUUGCCCACGUUAAGAGGUGCCGACCAAUAGCACAACCUAAUUAUGGCUUCAUGAGGCAACUUGAAAAGUUUGAAGCCUAUCUCCGUUCAGAGAGGGACAGGGCUGUAUCCGUCAAGGCUUGA